CUUCAGAAGGGAUAUUAUAGGUGUGAGUGAGAAACAGAACAAUGUUUAAAUCCUUUUUCUCCACUUUAACUUUCACUUUCUGGUGUGAAAGUGAAACUAAACAGGCACAACGUGUGACUUUUAGAUGUAAAAGUGAAAGUGGAGAUUUAGAGUAAAAAUAAUUACUUGCAUUUUGAACUGUUUCUCACUCACAUCUAUUAUAUCGCUUCUGAAGAUAUGGAUUUAACCACUGGACUCAUAUGGGUUAUGGCUAUGUUUCCUUUAUGUGAUUUUUGGAGUUGCAAAUGUCUGAUGACCUUUCACUUGCAUUGUAUGGACCUACGUUUGCAUUCUGCUGAAGAAAGUCAUACACAUCUGGAAUGUCAUGAGGGUGAGUAAAUUAUGAGAGAAUUUUUAUUUUUGGUUGAACAUCCCUUUAACAAAGCAGCUUGUUUGGUUGUAUUUAUUAAGACCAGUUCCAUGUUUUAUGUGUAUAUUUUGGAUUUGUAUGUGUUUCAGGCUCUGCUAGAAAACUCCAAUGACUGUUGUGAAAGAAUAAAGAGAAUGAAUGAAACCUGUGCAAAUAUUACACUCUGUGAUCCUGGGCUUCGACAUGUUCAAGAGAACAGUACAAAUUUUUGUGUGUACUGUGACUCACUGGAGCAGUGGAAUUCAACAUUCAACAAUACUAGGUCCAGUCACACUCCAGUACCUGCAUUCAUUGGUGGUUCAGGUGUAGCAGCCUCUGUCCUUCUUGGAACUCUUCUGAUAAGCCUGGGCAUCAUCCUUACUGUGGCGUCUUUCUUUUACCUGAAGCGCUCAAACCGCCUUCCUGGUUUCUUCUACAGGCGCAACAAGGCUUUUAUGUUCCAGCCAAGUGAGACGGCUGUCAUGAUUCCUGAAGCCACAUCUUCAGUUCGUAAACAAAGGUAUGUCAGGAGAGAGAGGCCUUCAGCAACAUCAGCCUCCCGCAAUGCUACUGUGGCAACUGGUGCAGUAACAAAGGUAUACAAUGUGUGACCAGCCUCAAAGGGCCAGUUAUGGGCCCCCCUCUCAAAACAUGGGACAGUGUGUCCGCCAGCACUGUUUUCUAAAAAUUAAUUGAGCAGUAACAUUUUCCGUUAGUUAUGUACACGAGCGAGUGAAAUGUUCAAACUGACGUAAGAUUUUUCUUUUGGAAUUUUUUUUCGAUUCAUAUUUAUUUCUAUUUAUAUUUUUUUCACACAUGGUGUUUUUGACACCUGGAGAGUUUUUGUAGUGUAAAUCUAUUAUUUUUGUCAAGUAAUUUGUUUUCUCAAUGGAUUUUGUAAUGUUUAUAUUCAUUUUCAGUAUUUUCACGUGAUUAUUGUACUUUUGAAUCUUUUGACAUUGUACCUAGGAUCCAAAACAUGACUUCCUUGAUGAUAUUUGCACACAGUGAGCCAUUAGCAUUUUGUACUUGUGGAUAAAGCAGUUUAAGUGUCCAGUUCCUGUACAAAAAAACUUGAUUAUUUCUAUCGAUUAUGUACCUUGUUCACAUAUUCCAUUAGCACUUUAUUAAUUCCACAUGAAUAUUACAAAAAAUAAUAUAAUAACAAUAUAAAAUACAAAUAUGGACAUAGUACAACUAUGUUAUACUAACAAGUAUGAAAGACCCUCCUGUUAACAGUGGCUAGUUCUUCAUAGAGCUCUUCUAUAUUCAUAGUGUGUUAUAGCAUGCACCAAAGUUGUUCCCAAGUAUAUAAUUAUGAUUUAAAAUGGGCCUCAGGCCUUAAAGUUACAAACUAUGAUGUCAAUGCACAAAUCUAAGCAAAAUUGUAACGAAAAUGUGUUGCCAAAUAAAGAAAUACCAUUUUUAAUUUGAGGAACCUUGUCCUUGACCACUUUAAUCAUUUUGUCUUUCCAUUUUAUCAGACAAAAGUGCCAUUAACUGAAUGUAAUAAUGGAUGAAGAAGACCUGGUUACCAAAUUAGAAUGUAAUAUUUGG